AUGGUUUCGUCUUUGACUCCUUCAGACCCUCAAUCUCGCCUUCAACAAAUCACAUCCCACAUAUCCCAUACAGACACAACCAUGGCCUCAUCUUUCGGAGCAGAUAUUGUACCCCAGGCACCUGAAGAUCCCUUGUUCGGAUUGAUGGCCGCUUUCCGCCGCGACACUGAUUCAAGCAAGGUCGACCUUGGUAUUGGAGCCUACAGAGACAACAAUGCAAAACCCUGGGUGCUACCCGUUGUGAAGAAGGCCGAUGACCUCCUUCGCCAGGACCCCAAUCUCAAUCACGAAUACCUUCCCAUCGCAGGUCUUGCCGACUUCACCACCGCUUCGCAGAAGCUAAUCUUUGGUGCUGACUCGCCUGCUCUCAAGGAGAAGCGCGCUGUCGCCCUGCAGACCAUCUCAGGCACUGGAGCCGUCCACUUGGGCGCUGCUUUCCUGGCCAAGUUCUACAACCCCUCGACCUCCGGGGCCAAGACCAUUUAUGUUUCCAACCCUACAUGGGCAAACCACAACCAGAUCUUCUCCAAUGUCAAGCUUCCCAUCAAGAACUACCCAUACUUCUCUGCCGAGACCAAGGGUCUUGACUUUAAGGGAAUGGUUCAGACGAUAGAGCAGGCUCCGGAAAGCAGCGUCAUCCUACUGCACGCUUGCGCUCACAACCCCACAGGUGUUGACCCUACUCAAGACCAGUGGAAGGAGAUCGCCUCGCUCAUGAAGAGCAAGUCUCAAUUCCCCUUCUUCGAUUGCGCAUACCAAGGUUUCGCAUCCGGUGACUUGAACAAGGAUGCUUGGGCCAUUCGUUACUUUGUCGAGCAAGGCUUCGAGAUGUUCGUCGCUCAGAGUUACGCAAAGAAUCUUGGUCUGUAUGGCGAGCGUGCUGGCUGCUUCCACUUUGUUACUGGUCCCGGCUCUAAUGCUGAGGACACUGCAACCCGUGUUGGUAGUCAGUUGGCUAUUCUCCAGCGUUCCGAGAUCAGCAACCCUCCCGCAUAUGGUGCUCGUAUUGCGUCGGUCAUUCUCAACGAUGAGAAGCUGUUCGCCGAGUGGGAGGAGAACCUUCGUGAGAUGAGCGGUCGUAUCAUCUCGAUGCGCAAGGCUCUCAAGGGCAAGCUCGACGAGCUGCAGACGCCUGGCAACUGGGACCACAUCAUCAACCAGAUCGGCAUGUUCAGUUUCACUGGCUUGUCCGAGAAGCAAGUGUUGAAGAUCAGAUCCGAUGCCCACGUCUACAUGACCAAGAAUGGCAGAAUCAGUAUGGCCGGUCUCAACACCAACAACGUCGACUACUUCGCCAAGGCUGUCGACAAGGUCGUUCGCGAAACCUCAUAG